AUGAGGCUCCCUCCCGGAUACCUUGCAGCGGCCGCAACUGCCGCGCUCUCCUUCCAGAGCGCGGGCACACUCAUUCAAGCGGUCCGGGGUUCGACUUCUGCAGGGGAGGCCGUUGACCCUCCGGUUUGUGAGACAGACCAGCUGAAUUUGGUGGUUUCGCAGUCCAACGGGACGGCAGUUUUCAGGUGCCCUCUGACGCUUCCUGUGCUUGCCCCCGAAUACUCCAAACUCCACCCCCUCGUGUUCUACAGGGACCGGCCUCGAGUACUCACCGAAAUUCUUACCGACGCGACGCUGCUGGAAACCCCCGUCCCGCCCGCUGCACCGGAUGGCAACGGUGAAGUAGCCAGCGUCAUCGACAUUCCGGAUCAGUACACACUGGUGGUCCCGGUUUUGCCGGAGCGAGAGAAAAUGUUCAGUUUCAAAUGCGAGCCCAUGUCGGAAGAAAACAUGCCGGUGGCGCAACGGGAGUCCAUGGUCGCCCAGUCUUGCGAGGUCAUUGUCACUGUCACAUCAGCUGGCAAUUCUGCGGCGUUUAGCUCGGCGGGCAACACACUCGCCAUCGCGGGCCUCGUUUCGCUUGCCACGUCCGGUAUUGCUCCGCUGCCUGCAUAA